AUGUACAGUAAUAAAUGGAGUAUAAUAAUCAACAACUUGAUUUUAUACAGAAGCAUGUCAUAUAUGAGACGAGCUGAUCUCUAUAAAAGAUGCUAUGAAGUCCUUAACGUGAAAGAAAACUCAGAUCAGAACACAGUCCGUCGAUCAUACAUAGAAUUAGUGAAAAAGUAUCAUCCAGAUUCAGGCACGCAAGAUGCUAGCAUAGAAAAAUUUCAGGAACUUGAUGAAUGCUUUAAAUUUCUUUUGCAAAAGUUCGCAAAAGCACGUAGAAAUAUAGAAAUGGAUCCCGAAGAAGAAGUCAAAAUAUUUGACAUUAAGCAUACAGCACCACAACAUAGAGUAUUUUUGUCCAAUGAAGGAUAUGGUGCAGGAACUAUAUUUCAACGUGAGAAGCAAUAUCAACAGAUUCGAGCUAUGAGAGCUCAACAGAAUGUCCUUGAACAUCGACUGCAAAAAUCGGUUGCUUCCGAAAAUGCUUUGGUAAAAAAAGGUGAUCAUUUUAAGAAGCAUGCGAUUAAAACUAAGUAUGGAUUUGACCGUGUCGUUGAGGAUUUAAUUAUGGAAUCUAUGCAGAAAGGUGAUUUUAAUAAUCUAUCAGGACAAGGAAAGCCACUUGAUAAUGCACAGAGUCAAAAUCCUUAUGUAGAUUUUGUAACACACAAACUUAAUAAGAUAUUGCUGGAUAACGGGUUUCAGCCUGAAUUUAUAACGUUAAAUAAAGAAAUUAGAGAAAGUAUUCAGGAAGUAAAGGAUAAAUUAAAAGUCGAGAGAUCUAAAUUGAAAUUUCCUGCAGAGGAUGACGAUAAAAUGAAAUGGACUAAAGUUCUAAAGGAAUAUGAAAAUGAUGUAAAGAAUAUUAACAAGCAAAUUGACAAAUUCAACUUAAUAUGCCCAAUAUUAAACAAGCAGAUGUUCCACAUUCAAUUGAAAGCUUUGGGUGACAAAAUUCUCAGCGAGGAACCUGAAAAAUAUUACACAGAAACACCGAAACAAGCAACCAUCCCAUCAGACUAUGAUCAUAACUUCUUAUCAGUCUUUAGCUCAAUGUGGAAGUAG